AUGCCGACCACCAACGCUGUGGCUGUCAAUAUGCAAGAAAUGCCAGUCAACCCAGGAUCCUCAAUUCUUUCGCAGCUUCCAGUUGGCCUCAACGGUCGAACGAUACAAGAUGAAGGCAUCAACAAAUUGCCUAACGAGUUGCUUCUCAUGAUAUGGUACUACCUCAGCUCUUCGACGGCGUCUAGAGGUGGCAAGAAGGGCAUGGUCGCUACCAAACCUGAAGCGACUUUUACGUACACUUUCGAGCUUUCCUGGGUCUCUCCGCGAUGGAGAAGCCUGGCUGUCAAUACUCCCAAACUCUGGAGCUAUGUAUCUCUUUCGAUGUCCACGUCUGGUCCACUACUCGGACUUCAGCUGGAGCGCACGAAGAACUGCCCUCUUCAUGUCACUGUCGACAUUCAGCCGGAACGUGAUAGCUUUCGUGUUACAUUCAAGUUGACGAAAAGAAUGACUCUGCGUGUCCUGGGCCUCUUGCAACAGCUGAUCAGUACAUCUGAGAGGUGGGAGACGUUGGAUCUUGAAUUCAAGAGUGAAGUCGACGAGGGUAUGGAAGACGAGCCGCUCACCCUGGGAAAGCAGUUACAGGACGUCGAUCUUCCGAAACUCAAGGAACUCUCGGUGGUACGCGGCGGAAAAUUUCCGUGGGUUGUCGAUGAUACUCUAAGGAUGCUAAGAAAUGGAGCUCCUCAUAUUAAUGAGCUCACGAUGGGCACCAUACGAAUGGAUCGACAUACCCAUCUCCUCCGUGGUUUGACCGCUCUCACCCUGGAUCAGGUCCGUUCUCCGGUGGAUGCCCCGGCGUUCCGACGUCUUCUCUCGGAAUGCCCAUCCUUGAUGAAACUCAUCAUAGUCGGUCCAUGCAUCUCAUUCACGGGGGACAACAAAGAGGACCAGCCUCUCUAUUUUCGGUCUCUACAGUUACUCGACGUUAAUUUCUGCAGGGACGAUAAGGAGUUUUGCUCCCGCUUCUUCUCUCUGCUGAAUGCCCCGAACGUCAAUCUGCUACGUCUGACUGAAUGUGAUGCUGCGCCGCUGAACGCGAUGACCGCGGCGCUACGAAGAAACGCCGCAUUCACUAGUCAAUUGAAGAAGGUGAUUCUUCGUCACGGGGAGCGUAGAGUCCUGGAUUGGAGCCACCUGGACGUAGCAAAGGCUCCGGGCAACAUCAGUACUGUUGGUCUGGCUGCUGCCACCUUCUGCGCGGCUUUCCCUAGCAUCAAAGAACUGCAAUUAUCCUUGCACACGUUGGAUCUGCACGCCAAGUGGCAUGGGCGUAGUGUUCCUAUAACACUCGGGAACGACUUGCGUACGCUCGUCAAGGUCCGCAACACCGAAGACUUCCCUCUGAAAUCAAUUCAUAUGGACCGUGGCGUCUUCUCUCAACUUGACAGCAAGUCCCAAGCCUGGCUACGUGAACAUGGGAACUUAGAGCUCGUCCGCUAG